UUUUUUAUAACUAAACCAGGCCUAAGAGGAAAGGAGAAGACGCGAAGCAGAGGAAGGAAAGAAAAAGUAAACCAAGACCUGUCUAGCGUGUAGAACCGCCGCCACGCCUCGCCUCGCCUCGCCGUCCGAGAGAAGGGGAAAAAAAUGCUCGCCAGAACCCUCGUCGGCGGCGUCCGGACCCGCCUCGCGCCGUCUCUCGCGAGCCUUCUCCUCCGCCGCGGCUACGCGUCCCCCGCCUCCUCCGCCGCUGCGGCGGCUGACGACCUUGUCAUCGACGAGGACCCGCCGCGCGCCGCCUCGACGUCCGCCGCCGCCGCCGCCACCACCACCGUGGCAGCCACCGUGCCGACCGUCCUGCAGCCGCGCGUGCUCAUCUACGACGGCGUCUGCCACCUCUGCCACCGCGGGGUGAAGUGGGUGAUCAGGGCCGACAAGCACGCCAAGAUCAGGUUCUGCUGCGUGCAGUCCAAGGCUGCCGAGCCAUACCUCAGGCUGGUGGGCAUGGACAGGGAGGACGUGCUGCGGCGUGUUCUCUUUGUCGAGGGCCCUGAGGCCUACUACGAGGGCUCUACAGCUGCACUGAAAGUUGCAUCAUACCUGCCUCUUCCCUACUCAGUCCUUAGCUCCUUGCUGAUCGUCCCCACCCCACUGCGGGAUGCAGUCUAUGAUUACAUCGCAAAGAACCGCUAUGACUGGUUUGGCAAAGAUGAUGAGUGCAUUGUCACCAAGGACAAGGAGAUUCUGGAGCGCUUCAUUGACCGGGAGGAAAUGCUUGGUGGUGGUCCCAGCAAUAGCUUCUUUUGAUUGCAUUUUUGGCUGUGCCGUUGCUCACACUUAUACUGUAGGAAAGCGCUGUAAAUAAUCCUCGUCUCCAUCUAGGUACUCUUCAGAUAGUUUUCUUAACUCCUAGAACUUCUGCAUUGCAUGUUAACAACAAUGCAUCGAGCACCUGCAAGGUUUGUCAAAUCAGGUUUAUUCCAAGUUGAUUGCAAAACGUGAGCUAGUUGAUGUCUAAGAUUAGAAUUUUGCAAUAUGGAUUGGUAGUCGGUGUAAGGCAUGAAAGUUACAAGUGCCUUGAUGUGACAUUAUAUCUUUUACUAUACCUGCUGUCUCGUAUAUGGGGUAUCUCGUUCAAAUAACUGCACUACAUAAUAAUAUACUCAGUUGCCACAUUUA